CUUUUCAUUCUACAGCAGACUUAAAAACACCAGCUUUUCCUUGACAUUCCCAGAUGCAAGGAAAGCACUGAAACGUACGGCAUUUAACGUCUGCGCAAACAGAAACAAAACUCUGAAGAAAAUAAAAAUCUUGCGGAGUCUAACUGUAUUUUUUCAAGAGAAAAACGCAAUUUUUAAGAUAGAAGCAUGGAUUUUCUAAAUCACAACUAUUUGAACUCCCGCACGUCAUACGACUACACCUUUAAUUUUUGGAAUGACUAUUUGGGUCUGUCGACAUUGGUCACGAAAAAUAAAAACAGUGUGCCGCAAAGUCCCAACUCCAUCACGGAGUCCCUGAAAGCGACUCUGGGCUUAGACGAUUCCCCGGCAUGCUCGUGCGUAAUCGGAGUCAGUGGGGAAGGUGGACACUUGGACUGCUGCUGUCCCUCCGCGAGCCCUCCGCCUACCUCUAUCCUUGACUUGAAGGAGCGCUUCUCCAUCUUUAGCCCUUUCCAGAACCAAAGCGCCGGCGUCCCCCCACAAGACAGGGACUCUGCCUUUGGAGGGAGCUUCGCUGGGUUCGAUCUUUUCGGCAUGGAGAGAAAGAUGCGCAAGCCGACACCGAGGAGUAAGCAAGAGCCCAAGAUCUGCGUCUUCUGUCGGAAUAACGGAGCGCCGGAGGAGGUGUACGGUUCUCAUGUACUGAAAACGCCGGACGGGAGGGUCGUUUGUCCUAUUCUCAGGGCUUAUACCUGCCCCUUAUGCAGUGCCAACGGGGACAAUGCCCAUACGAUAAAAUACUGCCCGCUUUCCAAAGAUCAGCCAGCCCAGCGACCACUGAAGGGAGGGAGGGCAGUGGGCGGUAAGCGACUGAAAAUAUUCUAAAUAGGUCGUUAAAUAGUGAUUAAACUUUUUUUUUUAAUUGCACUGACCAUUUUCAGAUGACUGUUUCGAUUGCGGCUGCCCGGUCCUAUCUGCUACGAGAUCAUUUUAUUCAUAUAUAAAGUAAAGAAUAAAUAUUAUACUUUCUUCAAAAAAUCUGUUAUCUUUUAUAUAUGUAUAUUUUUAUUUGCAUAGUUUUAUUAUUUUUUUAUUCGUAGACAUCGUUUAUUUUCACACCGCGUAGUGCGCAGUUUAUUGAACUGUUCAUUAAGGUGCACCUUCAUUCAUAAUCACGUUAUGUGAGUAAACGGUGGUAUUGAUUCGAUGGGGGGAGUGACUAUUGGCGUGAAACAAUGCAGACGGAGUGCUUUGGCAAAAUUUCCUCCAAAUACGUCGUUUUUGUACUUGUAAGCUAAGCUUACAUUUCAUAUUGCUUGACUAAUGAACCAAAGUUUAGUUCGACAUAUUCAAAUUAAAGAAUGUUUCCAUUCUGCAUUAUUUUGUACUGAAGUCGGAUAUCAAACCGAUAAGACUUUUCAGUGUUGUGGGCGUUUUUUUAUUAUUGUUUUAAAUUAACUAACCCAUUUCCAAUCGCUUUUCCAAUUCACAACGCUGUUUCAAACGUGCGCUGAGACUAUUAAACAUUUCAUUAAAUAUCUGUACGAAGGAAAAAAAGACUACCUAGCACAAAGGCGCUCUGUUAGAGACUGGUGUGCUCAGAGUAAGUUUUAAAUUAACAGUUGCAUUGCCAAACGACUUAGACACCCCGAUACAUAUUGCAGACAGUCGCUUUGCCUUUUUGACUAUAGCCUAUAUGUUACACGGUACUCCUAAUGUUUACAUAACUGACAGAGGGUGAAACACUGGAUUUUGUUUCUUUCGGAGUAUCUCACGUGUGUUUUAUUUUUAAUCGACCGAUUUCAUGAGCUGUCCGACUUAAUAUCAGAGAGAAGCUCGGGAUGGGAGGGGGGCGCUUUACGUAAACACAAGGAGGAAACACAGAAGACCUUUCAUGUGAGAAGCUACAAGUCGUUCACACGAAUGGAACUAAUGAAUGUCAUUAAAAGCUUUUUUAAAAAAACAAUGUAUUAUCCCUUCUCUUUGCAUUAUUUUGCAAAUAUAAACCCAAAAGAUGCAAAAUAGAGUGAAUGUAUAAUAAAGUGAAAACUGACACGUGGAGGACUGCACAUUUUGGACAGUUUUGUUUACCAAAGGAAUACAAUUUUAAUGAAAUGAAAAAAGUAAUAGAUUUGCUGUAUUGUACAUAAAAAGUGUGUAUUGUUUAUUCAGUAUUUUAACACUAUAAUAACGGACUUAAGAGGGUUCUACCUCAAAAGAAUUUUCAAAUAAUUACAAAUUUGUACUUAUAUGUAUAAUGUCAACAUUGCAGUUGAUAAAUAUAGUGCUGCCAUUUAUAAUAAGGGUUUUUAAUAGUAUUUUUUGGAUCUUUGUAUAACAUAAUUGUAUUUUUUUUGCAUUCUACAUUUGGAAGUCAGAUUCCGAUAAGCUCUAAGCAUUGUUCGCCAAAAGGCGAGUGUUGUAAAUAAUAUUAUCCAUACAUUUUUGUUUUCCUUUCUGAAGUUGUGUUGUUUAAUGUUUGUUUUGCAGAGAGUAAAUGAGAGGAUGAGUUAUGUUUAAGACAAUAGACAAUUUGCCAGUUUUAUCUGAAGUUUUUAAUUAAAGGAGAAAAAAAAACAAACACUGUUGAAUUUUGUUAUUUAUAUUUUGUCACUUCUCUGUAUACUGCAGUGCAGAACUUAAAAAACUGAAUUCACUACAGAAAUAAACAGCUUAUGAAAUACUUUAACUCUUAAA